AUGUACCCAAUACAACAGAUCUGUUCAGUAUGUACUGUGCUAGUUUUAACAGCAGUUACAGCUCAAAAUAUACAGGGAAAUGACGUCCUAAAUGAGUGUAGUCGCGGCUUAAGAAGACCUCAUCCAACACAAGAAAACGGUUUCCAGAUUUUUGUGAGGAACGGCUGGCGAAGUCAAUGGUUGGACAGACAAUGUCCGCAGUAUCAGAUCUACGAUCAAAAACUCUGUGGCUGCAUGGAGGUACAUCAACCAAGACCUGAACCACGACAAACUAACUUCCAAGUCGAAAACAACCGUCAGGUCGACGACUGCCCGUUCCAUCGCCGUGGAGCGAACGGUCCGUCAACAUACGAACGCCUUGGCGAGGACGGUUGGAUACAAGAGGACUGUAACUGGCCAUUUUAUACCGGAUUGAUUUGGGAUCAGGACAAUUGCCGAUGUGAAUGGGGCCCGAAUCCCAGUUUUCCGGAAAUUAUCGAUCACAGCAAUGUGUUCGUUCCAGCAACUUGUCUCCUCAUGUUAAACAUGACCUUUGACGAUGCCAUUAAAGACGAAGGCCGGGAUCUCUGGUUGAAGAAGAACGUCAAGGAUUCCUCUCACAUCAUUUCGGAUCCCGGAGCAAUCGGCAACGCUGCUCAGUUUUACGGAGAAUCCAAUAUCGCGGUUCCUUAUUUCAAAGGAAAUUCUUUCGGCACUAGAUUCAAGGUUGCCUUCCGGUUCAAACCCUGCGAUGACCAGCAAGAAUUCAAAAUUGACAAAGUCUGCGAUGGCGGUAAAAAUCCACCUUUUGAGUUCACUUAUACAGCUUGGGAUAAUAUUUUCACGGUUGCUAUGGAUACGUUGAAUUCUAAUGGACCAAUCAUAGAAAGCUGUCCGGUCAGUAGGACAAACAAUGGUUGGUACAAUGUAGUGAUUGUCUACCAAGAUAAUUUCUUAGAUGUUAAAAUUAACGAUGUGCCGUGUAUUGGCUCGGAUAAAUUUAUUGGUGAACUCAAAACAACCGACUGUCCUAUGAACUUCCCAGGUAGUUCUUACUGUGGAAUGUUGGAUGAGUUCUACAUCACCAGAGGUUGUCAGUAUUGA